UCACACUGGAAGUUUUCAGACAGAGCAUGUGCGCUCGCUGCUGACAAGAAUAUUAUAUUUAAUAUUAUUUUAUUUAUAAGAUUUAGAUCAUGAGUCAUUUUGCAAGAUAACAGCCAUACGCUGAAUGGAUAUUUUGAGUUAGCUGAUCAGGAAGUCAUUGGCCAAUGUGGUGACCAUUAGCCAAACAUGGCUGCGUCCUCAUCACAGAGCGACUCACCCGGCUUUGAGGGCUUCCCAUUUGCGGUGCCUGGCAGAACAUCUGAGGACAGUUCCAGCGGGGAGCAGCAGGUGAAAAAGAAGCCAUGUCGCGCCUGUACGGAUUUUAAAUCGUGGAUGAAGACACAGAAGCGACAGACGACAGCUGCUGUGCAGGAUUCCAAAGCUGACCAAGAGCUACAAGAUCCUCAGUGCCCCCUUGACAGGGAGGAGCUGGGCCGUAACACCUGGUCCUUUCUGCACACCAUGGCCGCAUAUUACCCAGAUAAACCAUCUCCCAGCCAGCAGCAAGAGAUGGGCCAGUUCAUUAACCUCUUCUCCAAAUUCUUCCCCUGUGACGAAUGUGCCGGAGACCUCCGGGACAGAUUAAAAACCAAUCAGCCGGACACCAGCAGCCGUCACGCUCUGUCUCAGUGGUUCUGUCGACUCCAUAACAACAUCAACGUGCGUCUGGGCAAACCUGAGUUUGAUUGCUCCCGAGUGGACGAGAGAUGGAAGGAUGGAUGGAAAGAUGGAUCUUGUGACUGAGAGAAAUUCUCCCAGAACUUUUUGAGCGUGGAAGCGCUCUGCUUUGGAGCAAGUGGACGGAAAUGAAUUAAUUUUUCAUGGGAGUUUUGCCGUCUGCCGAUAUAUUUGUUCCUGUAAACAACAUGGAGAAAUAUCCCCUUAGGAGCAGCACUAAUGCUACAAUAUUGUUACAGGACACUGUCUAUGGACAUCUAUGUUUGUGUCAUGAGAAUUUCCGGAUUAAAAUGUUAUUUUCCGAUGCCUGGUUGUCACUACUGAUAUGUUCAAGUACAAGCUGCUUUUAUGACAUCAUCAAAUCACAUCCUCACGUCUUUAUGUUGAUAAUAUCAAAAAUAAAAGGGUAUAACCUGCCAAAUUCAUGGGUAAUAAAUUCUGUAUGCUGUUGGUCAUAUUUAAGUCCAAGGACU